CACAGACUCUCAUCAGAUUCUCACGUGUGGAUGCGCGCACAAGCCUUCCUUGCAUGCAAACUUUAGUUCUUUUGCCAUCAUGGCUUCAAAGGAUGAGACACAUGAGCAAGUCGGCUGAUAGAUAGCGGCCUUUGCGCUACAUCCGCCCGGCACGCACACGCAGCCAGCCAGCCAGCCAGCCAUUUAUCUACCAGCCGAUGGAUGGAUGGACGGAUGGAAGCAGUGACACCACUUCACUUCAUGCACAAACGAGCAAGCCAACAGAACGAAGCAAGACUCGACAGCACAAGAAGACUUGACUCACACAGACAAAGAGAAAGCCUCAAUCCCACCGAGCAAUUUUGAGGGGUACAAGCGCAGCCCGCAGCGCAUGAGGCGACAAGUGAUCGCUCUCCUCACCCAUAACUCUAUCGAUCCACCUUGCCCACAUUGCCCCCCACCCACCCCCACCGACCCACCAACACACCAUUCACCGGAGAAAUGCUCUGCUGACGUCAUCCCUGACCUCGACAUCUGGGCCGUUCAUAUUGUUCUGCCCCGACGGCCCUUGCCCCUGGCUCACCUUGAACUCGUGCAGCGGACUGAUCGUUGGCGUGAUCGGCUCCUGCUGCCGGUGCUGGUGCUGAUGCUGCUGGUGCUGCUGCUGACGAACACCCUUCCCCUGUGGUGCUGCAUGUGGGUUAUGUGGAUGAUGGGCACCACCAGCAGCAGCGUGUGUCAUCUUGAAGGUGAGCAGAGGUGGAGGGUGCCGCCGGUGGUGCAGUGUGUUGCCGAUCUCCAGACCCAGCGCGUCCACGGGGUCGUUCUCCAUCAUUUGGUGUGUCUCCUCUGGGAUGUCGAGGGCCCUCCACAUCCAGCUGUGCUGGUCGAUCAGCUGGUACACCACCUGCUGCGUGUCGACGUCAAUGCUCGUGGCCCAACGCGACAGUGGCAGCUGACCCCACUUGGCCGCAAACAUGGGGGCCGGCUUGAGGCUUGAUGACGGUCCAGGUCCAGACGCAGACCCAGGAGAGGAAGAGGUCUUCUGGUCUGUUUGGUCAAGGAAACCUUCGCGAACUGGCGACCAGUGAGGGUCGUGGGAGACGGGUGGCGAGUCGGCGCCCUGCGAGCACCCCGUGCUGCUGUGGAUGAACAUGCACUCACUGGAGCAGAAAUCACGAACCACACUCCCACACGACUGAACAGACAGAGACACAGCAAAAGCCAGAGUGACAUGCAUCAACACCAUCUUUGCCCUAUCGCCCUUCCUGGCUUGCCUACCCCAGCACACGUCUUCCAGUCGUCCCUUGCGGGCGGCAGCAUGAUGCUGUGGCGUCGCUGGAAACACGGACGCAGGUGAAAAUACGUCUCGGACAAAUCCUGGGUCAUUCGUGAAGCCGCAAACAAACACAUCAAAGAGGAUGAGAUAUGCGAAGGAUCAUCUGCUUACCGCCGGCUCGACGUGUUCAGGAUCAAAAAUCCCCGGUGCCAGGAAGAAGUGCAGUCUCUCAUACUCCUUCAUGGGCUCCUCCCGGCACAAACCCGCCCCACAAUGCCCCGGCCAGCUCCGCCUUCUGUAAACCCCCACGGCUUCCUCACGCAGCAUCUUAAGCUUGUCCUCAACCUCCUCCAUACCAUUCUUCUCGCCAAAGACGUGCAGCAGAGACAUCUUCUCGGGCGGCGGCGGGCCCUCGAGGUCACGCGGCGCACCGCCCAUCGUCAUCAGCUCCAUCGGCUCACCCUUUGGCCGCACCCGACGAGCAUACCCACCGAGGCCCACCCGUCGUUUCGCCGAUUGUGCCGCCUGCACGGACGCCCACUUCUGUGCGGCAACCUCACAGACCGCCCGAAGGCUGUCGGUGGCGUCAUUGAAUGGAGGGGCAAGUCUUGGCGGAGGCGGGCCGUGAAUCUCGGCCUCCAGCUUCGCGACUGAGGCGGCGUUCUCCGGCCCGUUUGAAGGCUGCCGCCGCAUGUGGGUGGGGAUGCAUGCAAGCAGCUUAGUGGGGAUGGCGAUGUUGUGCUUGGACGCCUGGAGGAUAACCGCAUAGGCGCACGCGAGGAGCCGGUUGGUGAGGGCGGGGAUGGCCGAGUUGAGUAUGGAGGAGCCGGCCUGGAUGGUGGGCGCGAUCAAGUGAAGACCGCCGACCGGCUUGGCCGCCUGCACGGUAAUGGAUAUGAUCCGCUCCAGGAUGUUGACGCCGUGCUCGCCCGAGUGGGGCAGGAACUCUUCCUGGAUGGUCGAGGCGCUCAGAUAUGGGUCGGAAAGCAGCACAACCACCAGAGACGGCAGCCGGUUGGCGAGCUCGAGGUACAUGGUGGGGAGGCUCCGCGGCCCCAUGACGCUCUCGGCUUGUCUGGUUGGGGGAGGCUUGAGGCCGCCGGUUUGCUCCAUCCUCUGGGGGUUCGUGGUUCUCUCCUCGAAGUCGGCAUAGUCCUUGAUGGCAUACAUGAUGCGUGAGAGCUGCUUGAGGAUGAUGACAACCGCACAGGGCACCAGGUAGUCUCGAUCCACAUUCAUGAUCUUGAAGUUGUGCUGGCCCGGCGUCUCGCCGUCGUAGAAGCUCUUCUUCUUGAGCGACGGCGAGGACGGAUUGGAGUUGUCCGUCGAUGUGCUGGGAGCCCUUAGCGACUCGCAUGUCGACCCAGGGUUGCUCCGCCACUCCUUGCAAGGGUGUUGCCGGUCCUCGCCAAGAUGCCACAUAAGCGACCGGUGUGCUACGCCGUCAAUGUAUGGCGGGAGGAGGUAGAGCAGGCAGUCGAGGAGAUCGCGCGACAGAGCCAGGUGGUUGUUCUCGUGCACGGUGGGGAUGUGAAUCAGAGGGCACGGCCGGAUAGUCGACACGUAACUCUCAAACGAGUUGGUCGACGCUGUCCCUUCCUUGGGCGACCCCGUUGCCUCGACAGAGCCCUGUGAGCCCGACCGUGUAGUGACAGUCGCGUCGGACCCCCUCCUCUGCCCCUUUUCGCGCGCCGCUCUUAUACCCCCAGUGGAAAGCGGCCCGUUCUUGUUGAGGAACUCAACUCUUUGCAGGCUGAAGCCGUCGUAGCCGUCGGUGUAGGGGUCUGUCUUCUCCAUAUACCGCAGCUCCAUGUCAAGCGAAUGAAGGAGCAAUAGAAGCAGGGUCCGAGGAAGACCGACGUCACACAACGUGUCCAGGACCUGCAUACACGGCGGGAGGAUCGGAGACAGGGUGUGUAUGUGUCUCCGCCUGUGUGACUGUGUGUAUUGUGUGUCUCACUUACCCUUGGCGGGCCGAAGUGAAUGAUCUUGAGGAGCAGGGCCGAGGCGAGUCCUCUUAUCUCGAUGGGGGCAUUGAAGUCGCCGAAAGCGCUAAGGAUGUCGGGCAGACACACAUCUGCCAGACGGGUGGUAAGCUUCUGCCCACCAUAUGUCUCAUCGAUCUGCAAACAAGACAAGCACAGCCGGCGAAGCCCCUUCUCUCAGGCUGUCUUCUCGCCAUUUCUCCUUUCGCGCACUUGCCUGUCCGAUGAUGAGCAGCAGCGGCGGCCGAAUGGAACUCAGCGGCCCCACAGAGCGGCUCUUGAGUGCACAUGACACAGCAUUGACAAUGUCAUCCACAUCGGACGCGGGCCUCGUCUCGUCUUCCAGCUUUAUCUCCUCGGGGGCCCUCCCAUCGUUGGGUCUCGGCUUGCGGCUUACGGCGCAGGUGAUCAGAUUCUGCCACCAGCUGAUGCUGAAAGGGAGGUGCGUUUGGUGGCUGUUGCGCUGGUUGCCAUCCGCAUUCCCUCCUUCCUUCUGCUGCUGCUGCUGCUGCUGGUUGUGGGGCUGGUGGGGCUGGUGGGGCUGGUGGGGCUGGUGCUGUGGGUGGGCGGCAUGGUGGGGAACACGCUGGUGUCCCUUAUCCUCCAUUCGAUUGCGGCAGCCAGGAGGCAAACUGAUUGAACAGGCUGGGGAUGGAUGGGCGGAUCUUCUUCGGGAACCCAGAGGGAGAAUUCGCUCCAAGACUGGGGAGCUGCUCUCGACGGUGGGUGGAACAAGAC